AUGGCUUCCGAUAAUGCGCCAGAUUUUGAGGCUCUCUAUAAACGGGAAAAAGAGCAGCGAUUGCAGGCUGAGGAGCGAGCAUCAAGGGCGGAAGAACAGCAGCGACAGGCAGAUGAAAGAGCAGCACAGGAAAGAGAGCAGCGACUGCAGGCGGAAGAGCGCAACCAGCGUAUAUCGUUCGAGGAGUUCAUCCAGGCCUGUCAUUACCUGCUCUCUCUACCCACAAAGGUUCAAGAGAGCGCUCUCUCCACGAAAGGAUCUAUCGGAAAACCAACUGGCAAGUUAUGCCCAACCUACCUUCGCCCCUGGCUAGCCUAUUCAGGAAUUCAGGAAGAAUUCUAUACCCGUGUGUGCGGCUAUUUCGAGCCAACGGAUAGGCUAUUUCCUCCUAUUAUUGCACUCGAAGAUAUUGCGCGGAGAUGUUACCGGCCAUUAAGCAGUGAGAAAGAUGUGGAAUUUUAUGAGCGGCUCGCGGUAGAACAGCACGUUCAGGAUGUGAUUGCAGAGCUAUGCAAGAGCCUGGAUGCUCGAAAUGACUUUGCUCUUGGAGAGGGAGUCACAUUUGAAAAUCACGCGAAUAUUAUCGAUGAAGGGGACGAGGACGAGGAUGAGGACAAUGCGGGCCUGCCAAACCAACCAAAUGCGCGACACGCUAUACCAGAUCAGUUCUGUAUCCAUCGAGUAGAUGAUGGCGUCCACAAACUGCUCACUACUGUCGAGUACAAACCGCCUCAUAAGCUGCCGAUAGAAUAUCUCCAUGCCGGUCUUAGGGAGAUGAAUCUCUGGAAGGAGGUGGUCCAGCGGGACACGUCUGAAUUAAAAGGGGAUGAUAAGUUAAGAUACAAUGCGGAACAGAUAACAGCAUCUACUCUGGUCCAGGAAUUUCAUGUGAUGAUUAACGAAGGGCUUGAAUUUUCAUAUGUCACAAAUGGAUUGGUUUAUGUUAUGCUUCAUGUCCGGCGUGGUGAUCCAAACACGCUCUACUACCAUCUCUGCAACCCCAAUACGGAGGUUAAUCAGGGCGAUACACAGAUCUUAUCAAAGACUGCUAUCGCUCGGGUGCUCUGCCUCUGCUUAAUGAGCUGCAGCUCGCAGCCGCGGGAUCAGAACUGGCGAAACCUUGCGAGGCAGCAGUUACAUGAGUGGGAAACAAGUCCUGAGUACGAGAGAGCGCGUAUACCAGAAGAGGAGCUCCGACAAACCCCUCCUGGCUCGGAGCAUGUGCCGUCCUCUUCUCCUCUGAGCUCCCCAACCGCAGAUAACCACCGGCCCAUCACUCGAUCCCGAGCUGGGUGCGCGCCUCAAAGCACAACUGCACAUCCUUCAGAGACUGCGGACUCUGACUCCGACUCUCAGCAGGCGGCUCCCGGACGGAAGCGAAACUUAAGCGAGCUAACGGCGUCGCCACCUGGCCGACGACGGUCGCGUCAGAGGGAGGGUCAGAGGGACGGCAUAGGGGACCAGGGAGGCUACAAGCACACUGCGGUGUUUUGUACGCAAAAAUGCCUACUUGGCCUUCAACGGGGAGAUGCCCUAGAUAGUGGAUGCCCAAAUGUGGAGAAGCACAGAUCAACGGAUGGCGGCGACAAGCAUCCUAUCAAUGCAGCACGGCUAGUAGUCUUGAUCAAGCAACAGCUGGAUGAGGACCUGGACCGGGACUGCACGCCGUUUGGUAUUUGUGGCUCGUAUGGGGCUCCCUUCAAAAUCACCUGUCGCCAGUAUGGCUACACAAUAGUCGGGAAGGGUACAACACGCCGACGCUGGGGUGAGGUACGACGUGAGGCAGAGGUCUACCGCGUCCUCCAGAAGGUUCAAGGCUCGGCGGUUCCUGUGUUCCUCGGGUGCAUUGACAUGAAGAUGAUAUACCACCUUCAUGGCGCGGGAUGCAUCCAGCAUAUGCUGCUCAUGGGCUGGGGUGGAGAGGACACCAGUAGAAUGAAGCAGACCCGAGAGUUGCAUGAUGAGAUUGAGCGGUCGAAGAAGCAGAUCCGCGCAAUUGGGGUACAUCAUCAGGAUUUACGGCCCAAUAAUUUACUAUGGAAUGCUGAGUUGAAACGAGCUUUGAUUAUUGACUUCCACCGUUCUAGGCUUAUCGCCCCUAUAAGAAAUAGAAAAUCCGCGAAGCGUUCGGCGGCUGCCAGUGGACUAGAGGACAAGGAGCAGAAAAAGAUAGGAAAGCUGGCCAGAAUCAUAUGUUAG